AUGGGAGGAGAUGUAAUUGGAGAAAUACAUUUUUUGACUGAAACCACCGACGGAUGCCCUCCAUGGGUUGAUGUGAAUGCAAAAACAGCCUGGGCAACAUCAAAUUUCGGACAAGUUCCUGCGCGUUUGACCAUUCACGAUUUGCGAGGCAAAGAGACGAGCAUCAAUCUUGAUACGAAUGCUAUUGAGGUGCAGAAAUAUGAAGGUGUCAUCAGCGAUGGCUUUGACGACAAUAGUGAUGCGCAACGAAUUUACUAUGAUGAGCUUAUUUCUUUUCUUAAGAAUCAUCUUGGUGCUUCACGUGUGAUCAUAUUCAAUCAUUUGUUUCGCUCUCGUGGGCCACCACGUACCGACGAUCAGUGCGAUGUAAAUCACAAGAAUCCUGUUUUUUAUCCACAUGUUGAUCUUGAUCCAGCUGGAGCUCAAUGGAAAUUAAAACAACUGCUUGGAGAUGAGGAAGCAGAAAAAGCGAUGAAGAAUCGUUUUCAAAUAAUAAACAUUUGGCGUCCCUUAGGUUCCGAAGUUAUAAGAAAUAAACCAUUAGCAGUUUGUGAUUACGCUUCUAUUGAUACAGACAAUGAUGUUCAUCCACUUGAAGUUCGCGGAUCUUUGAAUGCUCUCUCGGCCUAUACCAUAUCGCGAAAUAAACAAGACGCUCAAAGAUGGCUCUAUCUGAGUGACAUGCAAUCGAACGAGAUGUUUCUUAUCAAAGUUUUUGAUAGCAAUCCUCAUGUUGCUCAAUAUUGUUUUCACACAGCUUUUGUUAAUGAGCACGUACCUGAAUCAAAUGUGGAACAGAAAAGCAUGGAAGUCCGCUGUCUUAUAUUAUAUGAUAAUUAA